CACAAAUCGCUCACUCGUGUGCAGGAACGAUGGAGCUCGAGUUCAACGACCGUGCGAAACGAGGCACGUCGCGCGCCGAGCGCCUCGCCAUGCUUGAGUUCCUGCGCAUUCCUGACAACUUUGCCUUGAUGACUGGCCAGGCGACGAAAGGUAAGUCGGUGAAAGGCGGGCAGAGGCUCACGAAAGCCCACGGCCAUGCCCUGAUGGCCGAAUACGUGAACAUGAUCGUUCGCGACAGCACGCGAACGUGGACAACGCAGGAUGCAAAGUCCAGAUACGAUGCGUACGUCUCAUCGUACAAGAAGGCCCUUCGUUGGUGCGGGCCGAAUAAAAGCGGUCGAGGUCUGACGCAGAAGGACUACAAACGAAGUAGGACAUAUAUUGAGGAUGAAUUUGACUAAUUUCGUAGAAAUCUUUACGAUUGAAAGCAAGUUGGAGAGCAUUUGUCCGUACUACGACGACAUGAAUGCGCUUUUUGGCGAGCGCCAGAACUUUCGACCAUCCUAUGUGUUAGAAACGAGCAAUGACUACGGUAAAAUACGCGAAAUGUUUUCGCAGUGAAAUACAUAAUCAAAUUUCGAUUUAAUGUAGCUGACGAACC